AUGGCCUAUGGUUGUGGACACCAGAUGGACUACAGUUCUGAAGAGUCAGAUAUCAGUGAAUCUGAGAUCAAUGAUUACAUCGAUAAACCAUAUGAGGAGCUAACAGCUGGAAAGUUUAAAGUCAAAGGUUUGAAUGGCAACCUUAGAUGUCCAUUCUGUGCUGGGAAGAAGAAGCAAGAUUACAAGUACAAGGACUUGCUUCAACAUGCUUCAGGACAACGUCCAGUUUUGCGACUACCUGUUGCUCUGCUUCCAAAGCUUGAUGAUCUGUACGUAUGGCCUUGGAUGGGCAUUGUUGUUAACAUUGUACGUACCAAUGAGAAUAAAGACAUUUUACUUGGUUCUCAACACUGGUUGACAAGGUUCAGGAAAUUUCAACCGGUGGAAAUUGUAGUAUUCUCGGAUGAGAAGGACCUCAUGGGACAGGCCAUUGUAAAUUUUAGUAAUGAUUGGAGAGGUUUCAUGAAUUGUGCUGAAUUUGAGAAAUUGUUUGAAAUUGAGCAUCAUGGCAAAAAGGAGUGGAAUGCUCAAAAAACAAAUCUUGGCCCUAACUGCCAUGGGUGGUGUGCACACGUUGAUGACUAUGAUGCUGAAGGGCCGAUUGGUGAUUUCCUUUGCAGUAAAGGGCAGUUAAGAACAGUUUUUGACAUUGACAGGGAAGCAACACAAAGCAGAAUCAGUGUUGUGGCAGACCUGGCCAAUGAAAUCGAUAUUACAAAUGAAAAUAUGAAUGAGCUACAGUAUAAAUACAAUGAAAAGACCAUGUCCUUAAGUAGGAUGCUUGAAGAGAAAGACAGGCUUCCUCGUGAUAAUGUUCAUAGGAUAUUUGAAGAACAAGAAAAACUCUUGGAGACCAAGAAGAGGAGACUUGAUUCAUGGAGCAAAGAAUUGAACAAACUCUUGCAAAGACAUUAA